AUGCAAUACAAUACAUUAAUCGCAUACAUAGUUGUCAUGCUUUUUGCUAUGACUAUGGUUUUUGCUCAAGCAAAUAAAGAACGAGAACAAUUUGCUGAUCUCUUACAAAAACGAAAACAUCUCAAUGGUUAUUGGGUAGGAAAACGAUAUGUUGUAGCCACUACAUCUGAUGAAGAAGCAUCAACACAUAGUGACGAAGAUUUAUCUGAAGCAAAACGAGCAUCCUAUUUAGUGGGUAAACGCGGUACAUAUUUAGUUGGUAAACGUGCCUCUUAUCUUGUCGGACGCAAACGUCGUAAUUCAAUGGUUAAUGAUAAUUCCCAAUAA